AUGGCCCCCAACCAGCGCCACGUUUCCGCCGGCUCUCGUCCCCAGAAGGGCUUCAUCAGCACCAUCUACGACGAGGCCACCAACCCCGAGAACAAGACCAUUGUCCGCAGCCUCGUGAUCUUCGGAGCCGGUAUCGCGUUCCUUCACUCCAGCUUCGGAGAGUUCCUCCUUCCUCCUAUGUAA